AUGGACAAACAGUAUAAACCCUACGUUGAACCCGAAGCCAGAAAGGGUAUUAAAUAUGAUCUUUCACCGGGAAAAUAUUUGGAGUUACUGAGAGAAUCCUUGGGAAUAGUAAGCAAACCCAAAACAGAUGAUACAACAAUGACAACAGAAUCAACAGUAACAAAAUCACCUGGCGAGCCAAAAGAACAAAUCGAACACACAAGUGCAAAAACGGAACCUGAACAAAAAACCGAAAAAGUUUAUGAGAGGGAAUCAUCAGUGGUGAGUGAUGGCAGAUUUGAUUUUGGAGUUGUCAUUGGAGUUUUAGAAGAAAAAAUUUCGUAUGAGGCUUAUAACUUGACUAAAAUUUCAGAACAUAAUAUUAUUGUCACCACUUAUAGAAAUAUGUGCCAAAAUAUUAAGACUUCAAUCGCUGGUCGAUUAAGUCAAAAUUUUCGAGCCUUAGAAGAUAGACGUAGAUUUUUAGAAGAUAGAUGUAGAUUUUUAGAUGUAUGUAGAUUUUAG